AUGCUAGUGCAGUCUGAAUCAUCCGAAGAACUCCACUUGCCUGAGCUGAGAUUCUUUGACUUCCUCGCCGAGAGCUCUGCAUGCGACUCAUCGGCCAUCAUCGGCGACAUGGCGACUCCAUCCGCCAUUGAAAUCGGUAAUUUGACAGGAAAAUGGAUCAUUGAUAAACGCCAUUCGACGGAUCCAGAGGCCGGGUUGAAGAUGGGAACUCCCAAUGACCAAAAUGAGAAAAUGCCUGGGGUUGGCCUUCAUCUAGAGAUCCUGCAAGUUCCCACCGGCGGUCUGGCACAAAUUCCUGAGAGCCGAAUUCUGGACGACAAUCAAUCCACUUUACUGAAGGAUUUCCUCUUUGGCACAAGGCGAUCGGAUAAUCAGCUGAUUCGAGGCACUGAAGGCCCCCACAGCCGGUUAGUUCCCAAUCUCACACUGAAGACGCCGAUCCAAAAUAUCGAGACUGGACAACAUGUCAGAGGAGAGAUAAACCAAAAUGGAGCCGAUGGCGGCGGCUUCAUCAUCGAGGGGAUUGGACUGUGGAUCCAUAGCUUUGACGAGCGGCAAGACGGUGCAUGA